UAACGGCCGCGGCCCUCGCUGAGCGCCGGGACCGCCCCGCGCCCGGCCCGCCUGGGUCUGUUCGGCUGCUUCUUUUCCUUCCUGCGAGUCUCCUCCGAGUGAAAAAAGCAUCCGCGCUGUCUCCUUGCAGGUGCCGGGCGGGCUUGCGGGUCCCGGGAUGGCUGCGGGGGACUACGAGGAGAUCCUCAAGUACUAUGAGCUGCGUGAAACCAUCGGGACGGGUGGGUUUGCAAAGGUAAAAUGUGCACGGCAUCUUCUCACUGGUGAAAAAGUUGCAAUAAAGAUCAUGGACAAACUUGCUCUAGGGGAUGACUUGCCUCGUGUUAAAAUAGAAAUUGAUGCCAUGAAGAACUUGAGUCACCAGCAUAUUUGCCAGUUGUACCAUGUGAUAGAGACAUCCAAGAAGAUAUUCAUGGUCUUAGAGUACUGCCCUGGAGGAGAGCUGUUUGACUACAUCAUUGCCAAGGACCGCCUGUCAGAAGAGGAAGCUCGAGUCUUCUUCCGGCAGAUCGUGUCGGCGAUUGCUUACGUUCACAGCCAGGGAUAUGCCCACAGGGACCUCAAACCAGAAAAUCUGCUCAUUGAUGAGGAACAUAACUUGAAGCUGAUAGACUUUGGACUUUGUGCAAAGCCAAAGGGUGGCCUCGACUACCACCUGAGCACGUGCUGUGGAAGCCCAGCCUAUGCAGCCCCAGAGCUGAUCCAGGGCAAGGCCUACAUCGGCUCGGAGGCAGAUAUUUGGAGCAUGGGAGUACUGCUGUAUGCUCUGCUGUGUGGCUUUCUCCCCUUUGAUGAUGACAAUGUCAUGGCUGUCUACAGGAAGAUAAUGAGAGGAAAAUACAGUAUUCCCAAGUGGCUCUCUCCUAGCAGCACGCUGCUGCUUAACCAAAUGCUGCAGGUGGACCCAAAGAAGCGGAUUACAGUUAAACACCUACUAAGUCACCCCUGGCUCAUGCAAGGUUAUUCUGAUGCUAUUCAGUGGCAAAGUAAAUACUCACUGGGACGUCUUGAUGAAGACUGCCUAAUGGAGCUUUCUGUGUUUCAUAAACAGAGCAGGGAGAGUAUAUUGGAAUUGAUAUCAGAGUGGAAGUAUGACCAAAUGUCAGCAACAUAUCUCUUGCUUCAAUCCAAGAAGGCUCGUGGCAAAUGUGUCCGCUUAAGGGCUGCGUGUCUGGCAGGACAUGGCAGUGCUACACCCUCAGCAGGGCUCAAGUUGGAAAAAACCGUGACAAGUGAGGAUCUGCCAGACUGCAGGGAAGAGCCACAGGCUUUGGGAUCUGCAGAAUUUUCUGACGCAGCUUCAUGGUUUGAAGAAUCUCCUUCAGAAGAAUUUGUUCUACAUACUCGCAAAACAAAGCAGCAUCCAAGGGAUGAUGCUCAACUAGAUGAUACAGAAUUCACAGUGUCAACUCCAGUGACAAGAAAAGUGGUAACAAAGAUGGAUGAAGACAAAGAGAAUGUUGAUCCAGACUUGGCUUUAAGAAAUGAAAUGCCUUUUGAGCUUUCUGCUCUGAAGACUCCUUUUGCCAAGAGUCAGGUUGAGUCUCAAGUGGAACCCACACCCUUCCAGGCACCUGCCCUCAAAGGUACCUUGAAUGUAACUGAUGAAAACCUGGAGCAUAUACGUUGCUUAGAAAUUAUUGUGAAUGCAGAGAGCCAGUUCACUGCAGUCACCCCAAUUAAGAAACACACAAACCCAACCAACACAGAUGACUCGACAGCAGCUGAGGUUGUUCAUGAAAGAAGGUUCCAUUCAGUGGAUCUGGAUCUCAACCUUGCUCACGUGGAUAGCAGCCAGAAGAAGAGGAAAGCCAAAAUAUUUGGAAGUCUUGAACGAGGCCUGGAUAAAGUGAUCACAAUGUUAACACCGAGCAAGAAGAAGCGAUAUGCUAGAGAGCAGCCAAGGAAGCUUAAGGCACACUAUAAUGUUACCACCACUCAGCUACUGAAUCCAGACCAACUGGUGAAUGAAAUAAUGACUGUUCUUUCCAAGAAGCAUGUGGAAUAUAUUCAGAGGGGCUACACCCUGAAAUGUCAAACAAGGUCAGAUUUUGGCAAAGUAACGAUGGAGUUUGAGUUGGAAGUUUGUCUGCUCAGCAAACCUGACGUAGUUGGGAUCCGGCGGCAGCGGCUGAAGGGGGAUGCCUGGGUCUACAAGAGGCUGGUGGAGGACAUCCUGUCCAGCUGCCAGGUCUGACUGCCCAGCGGGUGCUGAGGUGCUAACCAGGGGGUCAUGGAAGGGUCUGUCCAGGGAAGUAAAGCUGCCUCACGUUCACAGCUGUGCUUCAAUCAUCCCUCCCCUUUCUUGUUUUUUUUGCUGUCCCUCUUCGUACAUACUCCUUUUGUGUGUUGCCUUCAGUAUCAGCGUUUUAUUAAAUGGUCUUCCACUGCAACUUAUCUGAAAUAAAAUUCUUUAAGCUGUU